CUCAUCGCAUUUUGUUGUUAUUUACAUGCCGUUGUAAUGGCUUCGCUGUUUGUGUGAAAAAUUGAGCGAUACAUAUUUUGCAAUUUCAUCGCGAUUUUUAGGUGAUUUCGUUCCAUUUAAAAUGAAUCUUCAGCUACUUGAAUCGUUCGGCCAAAACUACCCGGAAGAGUUCGAUGGUUCGCUGGAUUGUAUCUCCCUGGCGGUAACGUGUGCCUUCAACAAGUACGGAACCCUGCUGGCGGUGGGUUGCAACGAUGGCCGCAUCGUCAUUUGGGACUUUCUGACCAGGGGCAUUGCCAAGAUCAUUUCCGCCCACGUUCAUCCGGUGUGCAGUUUAUGCUGGUCCCGGAACGGUCACAAGCUGCUGUCGGCCUCGACGGAUAACAACGUUUGCAUUUGGGACGUGAUGAGCGGAGACUGCGAGCACAAGUAUCGCUUUCCGUCGCCGAUAUUGAAGGUUCAGUUCCAUCCGAGAAACGAUAAUAAAUUCCUCGUUUGUCCGAUGAGGUACGCGGCCGUUUUGGUGGAUAUUGGCGGGAAGCACCAGUGCCUGCCGCUGGAUAACGAUGGAGACUUGAACAUUGUGGCAUCAUUCGACAGGCGAGGUAUUCACAUCUAUUCUGGUAAUGCAAAGGGAAAAAUUCUCGUGAUGAAUUCCAACUCAUUGGAAAUUGUGGCUAGUUUCAAGAUUGCCGUUGGAACGUCCAGUGCCACGGCAGUAAAAAGCAUAGAAUUUGCCAGGCGCGGAGAAGCGUUUCUUGUGAAUACAUCGGAUCGUGUAAUACGAGUCUAUGAUUCGAAGGAAGUUGUUGCUUGUGGUAAAGAAGGCGAGCCAGAACCAAUUCAAAAACUUCAGGACUUGGUUAACAAGACAACGUGGAAAAAAUGUUGCUUCUCUGGAGAUGGUGAAUACAUUUGCGCUGGAAGCGCCCGUCAGCACGCGUUGUACGUGUGGGAGAAAUCUAUUGGUAAUCUGGUAAAGAUUCUUCACGGUACCAAGGGAGAACUGCUGUUGGACGUUGUGUGGCAUCCAGUUCGCCCAAUCAUCGCUAGCAUAAGCUCAGGUUUGGUUUCGAUUUGGGCUCAGAACCAAGUGGAAAACUGGUCUGCGUUCGCGCCAGACUUCAAAGAACUGGACGAAAAUGUAGACUACGAAGAGCGAGAGUCCGAAUUCGAUAUAACCGAUGAGGAUAAAUCGGUAGAUCUAGCUGCCGAAUCGAAACAGGACGAAGAGGUGGAGGUCGAUGUGGUGUCCGCUGAACCAAUAGCGGCAUUUUGUUCGUCCGAUGAAGAAUAUGAAGAUGAACACGCGUUGCAGUUUCUGCCAAUCGCUCCUGAAGUUGAAGAUCCGGAAGAUGGAUGGGGUUCACAGGAUAACUCGGAUCCUUUGGGUACAGGUUACAAUAACAAUUCAGGACACGAUGCAAUGUCAAUGAAAGAGAAUGAGCCAGCUUCGAAAAAGAGGAAGGCGAACUCGUACGACAUAGCGUUGGACAAUGCACCGGUUGAAGACGUGCAUCCGCUGAACCAAAACAAAGCCAAUAAGGACAAAGUAACAGCAGCAAGCAGAAAAGCAGCCGGCCGCCCCAAGAAGUAAGGUAAAUAAUUAGUUAGAUAAAUCUAGAUUAUAUGAAAUCAUGGAAAAAGUUAUAUUUGACUUAAGUUCACGCCCUUAUGAAGCAAUCACGAAACAAAUUCUACGUGGGGGUCCAAUGCCUGAGAUUUAUUUAGAAAUCCUUAUUUUAGUCCUUUGCUUCAGUAAAGAAUUUCCAUAAUCGGUUUGUAAAUAUACAUUUCCAUGCAACA